GGGUUUUUUUCCUUUUCUCCCAUUUUUGAAGAGCGGAGAGGAAGAUGGAGACCGAGUACGGGCAAACAUCAAAUCAGACGCAAACAGAUUCAUUGUCUCCAUCCCCUAAUCCUGUGUCACCUGGGCCUAUGAAUAACCCAACCAGUGCCCCAAGAUAUGGAACAGUGAUCCCUAAUCGCAUCUUUGUAGGAGGAAUUGACUUUAAGACAAAUGAAAAUGAUUUAAGAAAAUUUUUUUCCCAGUAUGGGUCUGUAAAAGAAGUGAAGAUUGUCAAUGACAGAGCCGGAGUGUCCAAAGGAUAUGGUUUCGUCACUUUUGAAACACAAGAAGAUGCACAAAAAAUUUUACAAGAGGCUGAAAAAUUUAAUUAUAAGGAUAAGAAACUGAACAUUGGUCCAGCGAUAAGAAAACAACAUGUAGGGAUCCCUCGUUCAAGUAUAAUGCCAGCAGCUGGAACAAUGUAUCUAACAACUUCAACUGGAUAUCCCUAUACUUAUCAUAAUGGUGUUGCUUAUUUUCAUACUCCAGAGGUAACUUCUGUCCCACCACCUUGGCCUUCACGUUCUAUAUCUAGUUCCCCUGUGAUGGUAGCUCAGCCUGUUUAUCAGCAACCUGCAUAUCACUACCAGGCCCCUACACAAUGUCUGCCAGGACAGUGGCAGUGGGGUGUUCCUCAGCCUCCUGCCUCUUCUGCUCCAUUCUUAUAUCUGCAACCUUCUGAGGUUAUUUAUCAACCAGUGGAAAUUGCACAAGAUGGUGGAUGUGUUCCUCCUGCACUGUCUCUAAUGGAAGCUUCGUUUCCAGAUCCUUAUUCUGAUCAUGGAGUUCAAGCAACAUAUCACCAGGUUUAUGCUCCAAGUGCCAUUGCUAUGCCUGCACCUGUGAUGCAGCCUGAACCAAUUAAAGAACCAAGGUUACAUUCUGUGAGAAGAAGCUUUUCUCAGCCAUCAUCUAUAGGUUUGAAACCUUGA